AUGGCACUCCCAAAGCCUGUUGAGCUGCCGCUGAAAGAGGACGGCACUCGCAUGUCAUACGAGGAGCUUCUUGACAGCACCGCCGCCACUCGCAAAACCCUGCAGCUGCAGGCCGCCGUCAACCUGACCAACAUUAGCGGGGACGAGCGCGCCGCGCGCGGGCGCGCAGGGAAGGCCCUGCUCGUCGUCGCAGCUGCCGCGGCCGCUGCCGCGGCCGCCCUGCACCUAGGCCCUGGCGCGCGGGCGGCUGCGCUCGGGGUGCCGUUUUGGCUGGGCUACAGCCUCAUAGAGUCCAGCCGCCAGGGCAUCUGCUCCAUCGCCCAGGCCGGCGCGUGGGACGUGGACGGCUGCGGCCUGCAGUACAUCGAGGACGCGUCGCUCGCCUCCAAGAUCCGCGCCAAGGUCAACAACAUGUACAUUCAGAGCGUCGUGGUGGCAGGCACCAUGGCGGGCGCCUUUGCGCUGCUCCCGCUGCCGCAGUAG